CAACGUUGUGUAAAGGUUGAUUUCGAGGUUAUACCGCCGAAUUUCGUUGUGUUUGUUUUUUUUGUACCGCCUAUUUGUCGAUGAACGCCGAUUGCCGAGAUUAUUGCACUUAUUUCAAUGAAAUAUGCGUUUUACAUGGUCUGCCGGUAUUUUGAAGUGUCUUUAAUGUAAAGUUUUAUAAUAAUCAUAGUAAUUACGUUUGAAUAGUCUAUAGUUUUUUCUUUUUUUCUUCUUUUUUGAGGUGUUGGACAAUUUCAGUACUUGAAUUAUACUGCUGACGUGCGGAAUUAAAAAAUAAAAAUCUAAUCAAAUCUUUUUUUUCUUUAAACACAUAAUGUCCAUAUGUUUGUAACGUUGAGCAUUUAAUUCUUAUUUGUGAAAAAUUCUAAUCUCACCAGCAAUCAUGGACCGUUCGCUUUUGGUAAGUGAAUUCGAUGACAUGGGCUUGACUAUUGAUGAUGAUAUCAUUGACGAAUGUGUCAUUGCAUGUCAUGCGCAUAAAAUAUCAGCAUCAGAUUUGGUUGGAUCUUGGAUAGCUUAUUGUGCAUCAUCUCAAGUUGACGCAAAUGAUUUAAAUAAAGAAAGAAUUAUUACCUUACUUAAGUCUGUCAAAAAAGAUGAUAAACAAAAAGCCAGUGACAAGAGAUAUAAUGAAAAUAAAUCAAAUUUAAAUGAAAAGGUUUCAUUGCAAUCAGUUAAUAAUGAAGCAUCAUUAAAAAGUGAACUUGGGACAAAUAAUUUACUAAUUGAAAAUAAAAUCCGUGUGUCUGACAUUAUUGAAGCAGAUAAUAUUAACGAAAAAAAUGUAUUUUCUGCUGCUGGGGAUAUUGCGUGCGAUUUUGGGCGUGGAAAUGUUAACAAGAAUGAUUUAUCAGCUGAUGUGGAAUCAAUGUGUUUAUUAAAACAAGAUCUAUGGAAAAACUUUAUAUUUGGUCAAACUAAUUAUCAAAAAUAUGAUAGCCAUAUUCAAGAGAUAGUUGCCGACAUUGUUAAAAAUAAUAAUUUAAAACCUAUUACACCGUUGUCUGAACUAUGCAGUGGAAACGACGAUACAGAAAUCACAAUUUCUGGCAGUUUAAAGUUGAUAAAAAAAGAAUUGUUUCUUAGUUCUCCAUACGGUUACAUCAAAAUCGAUUUGUCCGAAGUUGAACAACCCAUGAAGCAAUUGUUCGUAAAUCAAAUAUUAGUUAUUAAUGGGACUAAUCCUGAGACCAAAGUUUUCAAAGCCAGGAAAUUAUACGCUGAUGCAUCAUUGCCAUUGCCGAAAAAAUUACCAGAAUUCUCGCAAGGUAACAUAAACUUAAUGGUCGCUGCUGGGCCAUUUUUUUGCGAAUCAUCUCCUCACGGAAAUUCAUUAAAAUCCCUAAUCCAAAAAACAAUCGAGUUGGACGCAAAAUUACUUAUAUUAUUGGGUCCAAUAUUUGAUGCAGAUUUUGGGACACAAUUAAACAAAACGUCAUCGGAUAGUCUUCAAAAAUGUUAUGAUGACGUUUUAGAAGCUAUUCUAAAACCAUUGUUUAGCAACCCUAGUACUCAGAAUACAAAAGUAGUGGUGUUCAGUUCAUGGAAAGAUGCCAGUUGUUAUGCUUUUUACCCAACGCCCCCAAACACUGAGUCGAGGUUACCAAAUUUGUAUCCUAAUAACGUAUUUAUGGUGUCCGAUCCUUGUGUACUUUCCGUGAAUGACAUAAUAAUUGCUGGUAACGCAAGUGAUACCCUUAUGGAUCUACACGUUUCAACCAUCAAUCAAACACAAGAAGAAACAUUUGAAAAACUUUCUAAGCAAAUUAUAUGGCAACGGUGCUUACAUCCUUCAUAUACUGCUAGUCCAACUGUGCCUGUGGAUCAAUUAUUAUGGUUGGAACAUUGUACGCUGCAGCAAAACACUCCGCAUAUCAUAUUGACAUCUUCGCAACUUCGUACAUUUAUAAGGGUUGUAAAUGACUGUAUAGUUGUCAACAUUGGUCAAUUAGUCAAACAUAAUUCCCAAAAACAAGCAAUGUCAGGUACAUAUGGCAAAAUUCAAAUAUCUCCUCCGAAAAAUGGGUGUUGGUCACCUCAAACUAAUAUUUCAGCGAUAGUUGUUCAUAUUUAAUAAAAAUCAUUUUAUAUUAUUAUUUUUAAUUUUUUUACUCUUUUAUAUGAUUUUUGAUGUGUACAUAAAUUAAAAUAUUAUGUCUGUAUCUAAUAAAACCCACUUGGAUUUUUUAA